AGUGGGAAUGUAGGGGAAGACUCCCUGACAUUUAGGAAGUAGAAUGUACCAGCCUUGGUGGUUGGAUGUGGGUGAGUGAGGGGCAGGGGAACCUGGGAUGUUGGCUUGGGUGACUCCAGAUCUCCAUCGGGUGCACCUGUCUGGUCCUGUUCUUGCCCCCCAUAGGGGUCUUCCAGCCUCUCCUCCGAGCCUCCAGCCAGUGCUCCACUCCUCCCGCAUUGCCGUGCAGAGCACUCCCUUAUUCACAAACAAGCAGCUCCCAGCCCAUCCAUGUAGUCAAGGUGGUUUCCACAGCAGUUGACAUCAGCGUCCUUGUCCCCGGGGAGCCCAGCACCCUCCUGCCUGCCUGCCUGCAGCACCUGUAUUAUCACUUCCAGGAGUGGAGAGGAGGCAGGUGGACUCCCACUUCUCAUCCCACCCUGUUUUGGAACUGGGUGGGGUCUGGAAGGGCCAGUGACCUGGAGCGGAGGAGAGGAGAGGAGGGAGGGCAUAAGGGGAGGCGGGGCCUCUAGGUGGCCUCUUCUCUCCGCACUGAGGCCCCAGCCCAUUUGGCUCUUUGACAUUGGCGGGAGCAGUGGCAGCAGCAGCAGCAGCAACAGCAGCACUUGGGCCAUGGCGGAGGACGGGCCGCAGAAGCAGCAGCUGGACAUGCCGCUGGUCCUGGACAAGGACCUGACCAAGCAGAUGCGGCUGCGCGUGGAGAGCCUGAAGCAGCGUGGGGAGAAGCGGCAGGACGGCGAGAAGCUGCUGCGGCCGGCGGAGUCCGUGUACCGCCUGGACUUCACCCAGCAGCAGAGGCUGCAGUUCGAGCGCUGGAACGUGGCGCUGGACAAGCCCGGCAAGGUCACCAUCACCGGCACCUCGCAGAACUGGACGCCCGACCUCACCAACCUCAUGACGCGCCAGCUGCUGGACCCCGCUGCCAUCUUCUGGCGCAAGGAGGACUCGGACGCCAUGGAUUGUAACGAGGCCGAUGCCCUGGAGUUCGGGGAGCGCCUGUCGGAUUUGGCCAAGAUCCGCAAGGUCAUGUACUUCCUCAUCACCUUUGGUGAAGGGCUGGAGCCUGCUGACCUCAAGGCCUCCGUGGUGUUCAGCCAGCUCUGAGGGGGCUGCCCUCUGCCCCAUCUGCCCCCACCCUCUUCCUGCCUGGACCUCCCUUCCCCACACCUGUGUUUUGGGAGGACAUUCUUCUAGCUGCUCAGCCUGGAUUCUGCGUGGCCAGAGGUCCCCUGAGUCCAUGUCCUCCUCUCCUCCUCUCCUUUUCCCUGAUGUCAGAGCUCCGGCUCCCGGAAAGAUCCCACGGCUCUGUAGUCUAGAAGCUUCACUGAGCACCGAUGCCACCCCCUGUAGAUGAUAGAGACCUGGUAGGGGCUCAUGUGGCAGAUGGAGAAGCUAUAGGCACCUGCCUUCUCUGCUUCAUUGUGAGGGAGUGAGACAGUCAAAGACCAAGAGAGACAGAGAUUCAAACAACCAGCCAUCUGGCUUCCUCCAGAGACGGGGACAUGGAGAUGACAGGAGCAACCUCCUCGGGGAAUCCAGGAAGAAGGCUUCUGCUCUCCGCGCACCCUCGGCCACCCUUGUCAGGAGGUGAACACCCAGCCUGAGGACUCGGGAAGGUGCUGCUUCUGCAAUGACCCAGUGUGGUCCCAGGAUGCCUCAGGACCCUCAGGACAUGGGGCAGGGUUGCUGCAGGGCUGAUUUGGGUGGUGGGAGUGGCUUGGGGUUUGUCACCCAGUGCUGGCUGUAGUGGAGAAGUGAAGGGGAGCUACAUACAGUCAUACAGAUCUGUCUACCUGCAUGCACACAUCCAUCAAGACAGCAUGCGGGGCUCACACAGUGCACACUAGGGUCUAUUCCUGCCCUGUGGACACGUCUAAUUUUAGGUUAUCCAUUGAAAAAUUGCUGCUGGUUCAAGGGUGGCUCUUGGCAAGGGGUUGAUUGACAUGACUUGGGUUGAGCCCCGUUGGGGGCUUCCUGAGCUGGGAGUCUUUGAGAUUCAUACAGUGAAGUGGGAGCAGUUUAGUAAAGGGUUUCCUUCUACCUGGGGAGAGGCUGGAUAGAGGGAUCCAGGGCCCUGGAGCUAGAGAUGGCAUGUCCCCUUGGGGAAGCAGGCCUCGCCAGCUCACUGGACAGAGAGAAGCAGGCAUUUCCUUCGACUGGAACAGCUUUGGC